AUGUAUAAAGCGGGAUCCAAAUUGGAGGUUGCGAAUACAUCGUUUUCGCUAGACUCAGAGCUGGACGAUGCAUCCAAAAAGAAUGAUGAAAAGAAAUUAUAUUCUUCCUUGACAGAUGUCAAGGAAGAAGACGUGUGGGAGAACGAAGAAAAAGAACAGGAAUUAGAAGAUGAUUUAAAAGAGUUGCCAAUAGAGGUUCGAGAAACCGUGAGUUUGGAAGAUGACCCUAAAGAACCAACAUUGACAUUUCGGUACUUUUUGAUGACUUUAAUCUUUAUUCCUCCUGGUGCAUUCCUUGAUACCAUGAGCAGUUAUCGAACAAGUUCGGCAGCGUAUAGUGUCUUCUUUGUUCAAAUCGCCAGUUACUGGUUAGGAAAAUGGCUCGCAAAAAUUUUACCCUCAAAAACAAUCCGGAUCUGGAAAUUUAGUUUCAGUUUAAACCCUGGUCCCUUUUCCGUUAAAGAAUGCGUCCUGGUCACACUUUCAGCUGCAUCGGGUGCUACGGGCAGUCAGGGUACUACCAGUAUUUCCGUCGCAGAGCUGUUUUACAAUCAAAAGGUGAAUCCUGCAGUUGCAAUCUUCUUUAUGUGGGCCAUUGUAUGGACGGGAUAUUCGUUUGCUGCUAUUGCAAGAAACUUUUUACUAUAUGAUCCCCAAUAUCAAUGGCCUCAGGCUCUUAUGCAAACAUCGCUUUUUGAGGCCUUCCGUAAAAGCGACAACAAUUCAAAGUUAGCUUCCAAACAAAUGCGAGUGUUUUUUAUUGGCCUGGUUGGACUGACGGUUUGGCAAUUCUUUCCAGAAUAUAUCUUUCCCAUGACCGGAUCCUUGGCAUUUUUGUGUUGGGUAGCUCCUAGGAACCAGGUUGCCAAUUUUCUUGGAUCAGGUAUGUCUGGAAUGGGAUUUCUUAAUAUUACUCUCGACUGGAGUAACAUCACCUCCAGUAUCAUGAUCAUGCCUUAUUGGACUCAAGUCAUUAAAUUUAUUGCUUUUGUUGUUGGUGCUUGGAUUCUUCUUCCUGCUGCCAAAUGGGGAAAUUUAGGAUCUUUUAAGCAUGGUUUGAUGUCCAACAGUCUAUUUUUGAAAAAUGGUACUGUAUAUCCAGCAACAAGAUUGAUGACAGCAAACUUUCAAUUCAAUGAAACAGCAUAUCAGGAAAUAGGCCCUGGCUAUAUGGGAACCCAAAAGAUUUGGAAUAUGUUUUUUGACUACGCUUCGUACAUAUCGGCUAUUACUUGGAUUCUCUUUUUUGGACACAAACAAAUUAUUUCCACAGGAAAAAAACUUUUCCGUCGUAUACGAAGCGGAGGAAAUAUUAGUAACGAAUAUACCGAUCGUCUCAACAAAAUUCAGAGCUCUUAUGAUGAUGUUCCCUUGUGGUGGUUUCUCGUUUUAUUUCUCAUCUCUUUUGUCAUAUUAAUCACCAUCUUUGCUACUGGUAAUAUGUUUAUUCCAUGGUGGGCAUACAUAGUGGCCCUAGGCUUUGGUGCUAUUAUCGUAACCCCGAUGUCCUGGUUGUAUGCCCUCAGUAACUUCCAACUUGCCAUUGGUACCUUUAAUGAACUCAUAUAUGGUUAUAUGAUCCAUGCGGUUUCUGGUUUUAAGCAUCCUGCUGGUGCAUCAAGUUACGGUGCUAUAGCUGGUGACGCAUGGUAUCGAGCCCAAUAUAUGCUUCAAGAUCAAAAGAUUGGUCAUUACAUGCACAUACCUCCGAGAGCGGUAUUUUUCUCUCAAAUUUUUGGUGAACUUUUGGGUGUACCCGUCAAUUAUGGAUGUCUUCGAUGGGUCUUAAACACCAAGCGAGAAUUCCUUUCAGGUGAAAAAAAGGAUCCACUGCAUCAGUGGACAGGUCAAUCUUUGGUCAGCUAUAAUACAAUGGCAAUUCAGUAUGUUUUAAUUGGACCAAAGAGACUAUUUGCGGAAGCUAUGUACCGUCCUCUACCUUAUGGUUUUUUGGCAGGCGCUUUGGCACCUGCAAUAAUUUAUAUCCUCUUUAGGCUUUUCCCUAAGGGAAAGUUUCACUUGUGGAAUAUUACGAUCUUUUGCUCCACCAUGUCCCACUUCUAUGGUAACCUUUCCACAGGUUACUUUUCAAGUUUUAUUGGAGGAACGAUUACCAACUUUUACUUUUAUCGUUACAGACACAAUCUUUGGAGAAAGUACAACUACAUCCUUGGUGCUGCAUUUGACACAGCGUUUAAUCUUGCCAUGCUAUUAAUAUUUAUUUUUUUCAGCGCUGGAAAACAAGUUGCAAUGCCAAGCUGGUGGGGAAAUAAUUCUGAUUCUGUUGAGAGAUGUUUUGCAACCUAA